UCUGUCUGUAGUCAGGGGACAGAGCCAGCGGCGCGCCAACUCUACAGCCCCGUCACACAGCACAAAGAACCUCCUUUAUUUCAAUCCACGCACUACAUUUACCGGAGCCUCCUCACACACGCACACAGCAACUCUUUCUCUCUCUCUCUCUCUCUGGUCCCCGGUCAGAACGGACGGUUCGGUAAGGAUCAUGUCUUCUAAUGGCUGUUGUACCGGCGGCGGCGACGUGCUGCAGAUCCAACUCGGGCUGAUUAACGCGGGGAAUAAAUAUCUAACGGCUGAAACGUUCGGUUUUAAAAUCAACGCCUCCGCGCCGAGUCUGAAGAAGAAACAGAUGUGGACGUUGGAGCAGAACACCGGUGACACGGCGGGAGACUCGAGCGGCAGCGUGGUGUUCCUCCGGUCACACCUCGGACGGUAUCUGGGUACGGAUAAAGACGGGAACGUUACCGGGGAGAGCGAGUGUCGAGGUAAAGACUGCAGGUUCGUGUUAACAGCGCAUGAUGACGGCCGCUGGUCGCUGCUCUCUGAGCCCUUCGGGAGGUACCUGGGAGGCAGCGAAGACCGGAUCAGCUGCUUCGCUCAGACAGUAUCAGCAGCAGAGAAGUGGUGUGUCCACCUGGCCAUGCAUCCCCAGGUGAACCUGUUCAGCCUGGCCAGGAAGCGUUAUGCCCACCUGACCUCUAACCCCGACCACUCUGAGGUCUCUAUAGACCGUGACUUCCCGUGGGGGGUGGACUCCCUGGUCACCCUGGUGUUCCUGGACCAACGCUACCACCUGCAGACGUCUGACAAUCGCUUCCUGAAGAACGACGGCAGCCUGGAGGCCACGCCGGACAAGACCACCGGAUACACGCUGGAGUUCCGCUCCGGCAAGGUGGCGUUCAGGGAUUGUUCCGGGCGCUACCUGGCGCCGUCGGGCCCGAGCGGGACCAUGAAGAGCGGGAAGAACAGCCGCUUGGGGAAGGAUGAGAUGUUCUCUCUGGAGCAGAGUCACCCUCAGGUGGUUCUCACCGCCGGCAACGAGAGGAACGUCUCCACCAGGCAAGGCAUGGACCUUUCGGCCAAUCAGGACGAGGAAGGUGACCAGGAAGUGUUCCAGGUGGAGAUGAGUCGUGAGACAGGAAACAGGAAGUGUGCGUUCCGCACCGCUGCAGGGAAGUACUGGACCCUCACCUCCACCGGAGGACUGCAGUGUACCGCCUCUACUAAGUCAUCUAACAGUCAUUUUGAUCUGGAGUGGUGUGAGGGGAAGGUUUCUCUCAAAGCCUCUAAUGGGAAAUACGUUGCCGCCAAGAGGAACGGACAGCUAGCUGCUACCGUCGACAACGCAGGGGAGGCGGAGCAGUUCCUGAUGAAGCUGAUCAAUCGGCCAAUCAUAGUCCUCCGUGGAGAACACGGUUUCAUUGGCUGUCGUAAGGUUGGCACGGGAACGCUGGAUGCUAACCGCUCCUCCUACGACGUCUUCCAGCUGGAGUUUAAAGACGGAGCCUACAGCCUCCGAGAUUCACAGGGGAAGUUCUGGUGCGUGGGGGAGGAGUCCGCAGUGGUGUGCAGCGGGGACACGCCCACCUACUUCCUGUUUGAGCUGUGUGACUACAACAAGAUGGCGGUGCGAGCGCCGGGGGGGCGGUACCUUAAAGGAGACCACGCUGGGGUUCUAAAAGCCAACGCUGAGGGGUUGGACAAUGCAACACUGUGGGAGUACUGACCACCCUAUAAAGUUAACAUACAUCAUUCUGGGUAACAUCAAUUACCCCACUGUAGAAAUCCUUUAAAUAAGUAUCUCUGUCUGUUAUGACUUCAUAUGGGCAAAUAGAAUGUAUAGAAUAAAAAGGAACGUUUCAACCU